AUGGCACAGAGACUUGGUGAAGAAAAUAUAAACAACUUAGAGAAAUUAGUUUGUCAGUUAUGUGGAACUUUAGAAAAUCUUUCAUUGUGUGGUGGUUGUAGGGACACAUGGUAUUGUUGUAAAGAGCAUCAGAAAGCUGAUUGGAAGAAACAUAAGGGAUCUUGUAAACGUGCUCGCAAAAAGAACAUUCCUGUGGGCAACAUAGCAAGUGAAAAUGGAUGUAACGGGGCUGAAAAACCUAAUAAAAAAAUUGAAAAUGAAACUGAAGCAUCUUUCUCUGAACAUAUUUCUUCCAAAUGUAAGGAAAACACACAAACCGAAAAUCUGCAAAGUGGCCAAAAACAGUCUUCUGAAUCUUUUCAGACAGGAUCUAUGUUGACAUCUCGGUUUGAUAUGCUUGCCAAGUAUGUUGUGGAAUGCCUAACAAAGUAUGGUGUUUGUGUGAUCGAUAAUUUUCUUGGUGAUUCAAAGGGCACCGAAGUCCUUGAAGAGGUCAAAAGAUUACAGCGGAAAGGACUUUUUACCGAAGGACAACUUGUGAACUCUACAAAUAGCACUAGCCAAAAUAUCCGUGGUGAUGUGCUAACAUGGGUAGAUGGUUCUGAGAAUGGUUGUUGUAAUACACACUUUUUGAUAUCUUGUAUGGAUGAUAUUAUCUUACGCUGUGCUGGUCAAUUAGAAAGUUAUGAUAUCCAAGAAAGAACAAAGGCUAUGGUAGCAUGUUAUCCUGGUAAUAAAACUGGCUAUAUUAAACAUGUAGAUAAUCCUAAUGGAGAUGGAAGAUGUGUUACGUGUAUUUAUUAUUUGAAUAAAGGAUGGGAUGUUACAAAACAUGGUGGAAUGCUACGUAUUUAUCCUGAAGGACAAGAUUUAGUGGCAAAUAUUGAACCAACCUUCGAUAGAGUGUUAUAUUUCUGGUCUGAUAGAAGAAAUCCGCACGAAGUUAGAGAAACAAUUAAAGAAAGGUAUGCAAUUACUAUAUGGUAUUAUGAUAGUAAAGAGAGGAGAAAUGCCCUGCAAAAUUCUAGAGGUAAAAAUCUUUUUUUCUUUAGAAAUUUAGAUGGCAAUAUCAUCUUAAACUUUUGUGCAAAACUAUUUAUUUUACAUGCUUAG